UUGAGGAACAAACAUUCUCAGAAAACUUGACCAAAUUAUUGCCUGGUUGUCGUGGUUGGCACGUCUGGUCUCUGCCCUGUCUCCUGCCGGCUUCUCCUGAGCAUCAGCUGGGACAGACACCUCGUCGGGGCACUGGGCUCUAGAAGGUCAGGCUGCUUUGGACAUCACGAGGGCACCAAACGCGCUGGAAAUGUGACUUCAUCCGCCCCCACGGAGGAGGUGUGAAGCUUGAGCAGGGUUUGCUUUCCAGACAGAGCAACUUAAAAGUAGGAGGAGUCUGGCCAGAGCCGAAAGGUGGAAACUUGUGUAUCGGUGCUGGAUCUUCACCAGAAGAUGCUGUUUCUUCAAACAGGACUUUACUGGUUUCUUUUUUAAUGCGGAGAAGCAGCAUCAGGUGCUUUGUGCAAGUGCAGAGAACAGCGAGUGAUGUUUUUAAGGGCUGUGAGAUGAAAUUGUGUGUUCCUUCCUCUCUGGCAAAGACUCAAAGGAGCAGCGCCGUUGGCCUCUUCAGCUCCCCAAGAGCGCGCCGACGUCUGUGCGACCCAGCGGCCAGUCUUCUGCUCUUCUUCUGGACUGGGAGCACUGGGGAUGAGUGGGCUGGCUCCCGGCUGAACGUUGGGGUCAUCUCUGUAACCUCCGCCGCGUGAGAGGUUCACGCAGACGAAGCCUGCAAUGGUUAAUUUUGGCUCCCAGUUGCCCUGGGUGGUAUGUGAAGUAUUCUGUGGCCUCAUUGUUCCCUCCUUCCUCUGGAGCUCCUGCAGCGGUGGCCGAGCGCGGCGGCGCCUACGUGCGGGGCUCGGGGACCCGCCUCCGCUGGCAUUUCGGCCUGAAAAAGGGAAAUUUCACGCCUAACCUAAAAAGAUGUAUUUGCAGCCCACACGGGAGCCACUAAUGAAAGGGGCAGCAGAGGUUUUGGUGUGAGGUGUGCGGGACCAAACGGCCUGUGUCCCUGUCCCAGCUCGGGGACAGGCGAACUGCUUUGGGCAAAAAGAUACUUAGAUACAUAAAACAUGUAGCAAAAAUACACCUUGUAGAAAGACUCUGCUGCAGCAGCCGGGUUUGAUUUCUUCCCUGCGGGAGAACCUCUUAAAAUAUUUCCCAAAAUGUUGGGAGAUUGGAGCCUUGCACUUUGUUUUAGGAGAACUUGCUGCUCCCAGAUUUGAGCGGACAAAAAGACCUCGAGUGGUUCAGGAGCGGAGCCACAUCACUGUGAUAAUUCAGAGCAGGCCAUUGCUUAACUCUCCCUGUCCCUCUCCUGACUCUUUAGGGUAAUAAAUUUAUUUGCAAAUGACUUAAUGAAAUCCGAUGGGACUGUUUGAGACAGUAAAUCUUGCUUUUCCCAGCAAGUGGAUCGAGGGGCGUAUGGGGAUCAGAGCUGGAUUUCCUUCCCCAGCCCUGGGUCACGUUGGCUCCUGGAAUGAGUUUGUGGGAUGAAUAAAACGUAAUUGACAGGUUCCUUGCAAAACAACCUGGCUGUGUUGCACAACAGGAGUGUCAAAGGCAGAGGAGGAGGCUGCUGCGCAGUCGGAAGGCAGCAGAACUGCUUUGAUGGAGCUUGGUAAUUAGUAUUUACUAUCACCUGGUGGCCCACGGCCGCAUGGCCGAGAAGGAGGCCCGGAGGAAGUUCAAGCAGAUCGUGGCUGCUGUCAACUUCUGUCACUGUCGUAACAUCGUCCACAGAGAUCUGAAGGCAGAAAACCUGCUUCUGGAUGCGAACCUGAACAUCAAAAUAGCAGAUUUUGGCUUCAGCAACAUCUUCACGCCUGGUCAGCUGCUGAAAACCUGGUGCGGGAGCCCUCCCUACGCCGCUCCCGAGCUCUUUGAGGGAAAGGAGUACGAUGGGCCAAAGGUUGACAUCUGGAGUCUCGGCGUGGUGCUGUACGUGCUGGUGUGCGGCGCCCUGCCCUUCGACGGGAGCACGCUGCAGAACCUGCGCGCCCGGGUGCUCAGCGGCAAGUUCCGCAUCCCCUUCUUCAUGUCCACAGAAUGUGAACAUCUCAUCCGGCACAUGCUGGUCCUGGACCCCAGCAAGAGGCUCUCCAUGGAGCAGAUCUGCAAACACAAGUGGAUGAAGCUCGGGGAGGCUGACGCCGAGUUCGACAGGCUCAUCGCCGAGUGCCAGCACCUGAAGACAGAGAGGCAGAUGGAGCCGCUGAACGAGGACGUGCUGCUGGCCAUGGCCGACAUGGGGCUGGACAAGGAGCGCACCAUCCAGUCGUUAAGAGCCGACGCUUACGAUCACUACAGCGCAAUCUACAGCCUGCUCUGCGACCGCCUCAAGAGGCACAAGAACCUGCGCAUCGCGGCGUCUCCCAGCAUCCCACGCACCAUGACCUUCCCCACCUCUGCCAACAUCCAGCAGACGGAACAGACGGGCAACACCAUGAGCAUCAACGUGCCACAAGUCCAGCUCAUCAACCCUGAGAACCAGAUUGUGGAGACCGACGGAACCAUGAACUUGGACAGUGACGAAGGGGAGGAGCCGUCGCCCGAAGCUCUGGUCCGUUACCUCUCCAUGAGGAGGCACACAGUCGGAGUGGCCGACCCACGGACGGAAGUCAUGGAAGACCUGCAGAAGCUGCUGCCUGGCUUCCCCCGUGUCACCCCUCAGGCUCCCUUCCUGCAGGUGACCCCCAAUGUGAACUUCAUGCACAACGUGCUGCCUCGGCAGAACCUGCAGCCCACGGGGCAGCUGGAGUACAAGGAGCAGUCCCUGCUGCAGCCCCCCACGCUGCAGCUGCUGAACGGCAUGGGCCCCCUGGGCCGCAGGGCGUCGGAUGGCGGAGCCAACAUCCAGCUCCACGCGCAGCAGCUGCUCAAACGUCCUCGAGGGCCGUCUCCGCUCGUCACUAUGACGCCAGCUGUCCCAGCGGUCACCCCUGUGGACGAGGAGAGCUCCGACGGGGAGCCGGAUCAGGAAGCUGUGCAGAGAUACUUGGCAAAUAGGUCAAAAAGGCACACUCUGGCAAUGACCAACCCUACAGCUGAAAUCCCUCCAGACUUGCAGAGGCAGCUAGGACAGCAGUCCUUCCGACCCCGGGCUUGGGCUCCACACCUGGUCCCCGAUCAGCACCGUUCUAUUUACAAGGACUCAAACACUCUGCACCUCCCCACCGAACGCUUCUCCCCGGUUCGGCGCUUCUCGGACGGUGCUGCCAGCAUCCAGGCUUUCAAAGCCCACCUGGAGAAGAUGGGCAAUAACAGUAGCAUCAAACAGCUCCAGCAGGAGUGCGAGCAGCUCCAGAAGAUGUACGGGGGGCACAUGGACGAGAGGACGCUGGAGAAGACGCAGCAGCAGCACAUGCUGUACCAGCAGGAGCAGCACCAUCAGAUUCUCCAUCAGCAGAUUCAGGAUUGUAUCCGGCCGCCCCAGCCAUCUCCACCCUUGCAAGCUCCGUGUGAAAACCAGCCAGCUCUGCUCACUCACCAGCUUCAGAGGUUACGGAUCCAGCCGUCCAGCCCGCCCCCGAACCACCCCAACAACCACCUCUUCAGGCAACCCAACAGCAGCCCCCCUCCCGUGAGCAGCAGCGUGCUCCAGCCCCACGGUGCCACCUCCCAGUCCCAGUUCCAAGGGAUGCCGUCCCACAGCACCAUCUUCCCGCAGUCCGGUAACUGUUCCCCUCCCCCGGCCAUGGGGCUGACGUGCCUGGGCCUGCAGCAGCAGUCGCAGCCUCAGCAGGUCACCAUCCAAGUGCAGGAGCCCGGCGACAUGGUGGGCAACAACCUCCUGCCGGGGCCCUCGGUGGGCGGGCAGGGCAUGUCGUCCCACGGGCGGGCCAUGCCCCUCAGCCCCGGCGCCAACCAGCUCCAGAUGCAGCACCGCGCCAGCCUGAUGGCCUCCCUCACCUACGGCCACAGGCAGCUCUCCAAGCAGCUCAGCGCCGACAGCGCCGAGUCCCACAGCCUGAACGUGAGCAGGUACCCCCCCGGCAACUACGACCAGGUGCACUUACACCCCCACCUGUUCCCGGAGCAGCCUCGCGUUUCCCCCAGCAACUACAGCCCGUCGGGAGGAGUUGGGUUUCCUCCAGCUCAGCAAGCUCUGAAAGUCCCCCAGCUCGACCAGUAUCCCAGUUUCCCUCAAAAUGCACAUCAGCAACAGCAGCAGCACUACACCGCGUCAGCACUACAGCAAGCACUGUUGUCCCCGACGCCCCCCGACUACAGCCGACACCAGCAGGUACCGCACAUCCUCCAGGGACUGCUCUCCCCCCGGCACUCGCUCACGGGGCACACGGACAUGCGCCUGCCCCAGGCGGAAUUUGCACAGCUCAUCAAGCGGCGGCAGCAGCAGCAGCAGCAGCAGCAGCAGCAGCAAGACUUCCAAGAGUUGUUCAGGCACAUGAGUCAAGGGGAUGCUGGGAAUAUGGGCGCCAGCGUGGGACAGAGCCUCUCGGAGCGCCAGUCCUUGUCUUUGCCUUACCAGAGCGCCGACACCUACCACCCGCAGAGCAGCCCCCAGCACCUCUUAAAAAUCAGGGCGCAAGAAUGUAUCCAGCCGGUUGCCGGUGCGGUGCCGCCGCACGGAUACGUACACCAGCCCGCCCUGUUCCAUUCGGAGAGCAUGGAGGAGGACUGCGCCUGCGAGGGGGCCAGGGACAGCUUUCCGGACAGUAAGAGUUCAAACACGUUGACCAAAGGUUGCCAGGAGACCCCUCUGCUGGGAAACGCGGGAGGGCACGGGGACCCAGACCCUUUGCUGGGAACUGCCAGCCCCGCGCAGGAGCUGGGGACGCACCAGUACAGGCACCCGCCCGCGCCCGGAUUCAGUAGGAAUAAGGUGCCCAGCAGAGAGUCCAUCGUGGGGAACUGUCUGGACAGGAGCUCCCCCGGCCAAGCCAUGCAGGUGCCUGACCACAACGGCCUGGGCUACCCCGCGCGCCCCGCCUCCAGCGAGCACCCGCGGCCCCGGAGCCUGCAGAGACAUCACACCAUCCAGAACAGCGAUGAUGCCUACGUGCAGUUGGACAACUUGCCUGGCAUGAGUUUAAUGGCAGGAAAAGCACUAAGCUCCGCUCGGAUGUCGGACGCCGUCCUCAGCCAGUCCUCGCUGAUGGCCAGUCAGCAGCUGCGCGACAGGGACGGCGAGGGUGAGGAGUGCGGGGAGAGUUUGGAAGGUCAAGAGCAUCCCAACCUUGGUGAUGGCAACCAGCAUCUAAACACCUCCUGUUACCCGUCGACGUGCAUUACGGACGUCCUGCUGAGCUACAAGCACCCGGAGGUGCCCUUUGGGAUGGAGCAGGCCGGGGUGUAACCAGGAGGGAGUUUUCUGUACAGCUUUGAAACGAAAAGGUCCAUUUUAAACCAACAGUAUCUAGCAGCAUUGCGCCAAAUUGCCGUAGUAUUUCUGACUAACUGGAAUACCAUGGCCCCUUUCCUCGUAAUCAGUCCAUCCAGUGUGUCCUUCCUUUGGUUUCUUUCAUGUUGUUUUUUUUUGCCACGUUUGCCUGUAACUCCAGCUACCACGGAAAUAACCAGAGACCCUGAGUCCUGACACGGCGGCGGAGGAUUCACGGAGCCCGAGCACUGAGGCUGGUUUGGGAGGGCUUUGACUGGCCGGGGCCGGGUGGCCCCCGGGGGCCAUCGUGGCCACCCCAGGGCGAGCGGAUGGGGCUGCGACCUCCCUGGAGGGGAGAGGAGCCGGGAAUGGGGGGGUCCGACGGGAUCCCCGGGCAGCUGGAGGCCAUGCUGUCCCUCCACUCUGCAACCCUUUGCACUGGGGGGGGGCCCAGCGUGACCCCCCGCCGGGGGGCGAGGACGGUGCCAGCCCCACAUCCCCCUCCCUGGGGCAUGGCCACCCCUGGUGCAAUACGCUUUCCUCUCACCUCUGUCUGCUUUCCCCCCUCCUGUGCUGAGAGGAUCCCUCUUCCCCCCCCCUCACCUUUUCUUUGCAAAUCCGCAUCCGACUGGGGUUGUUUUUUUUCCUUUUCCUGGCUUAACGUAGGGAAGACAGAUUUCUUUUGUGUUGGGUUUUUUUUUGUUUUUUUUUUCUUUGUUUUCUGAGCUUCUCCUCCUGAUCAUGUAGGAAUUGG